AUGGAGAAAAACUUCGACACUUCAGAUGACUUCUCGAGUUCACCAUUGCCAGAGACAAAAAGCUAUGAGACUCUGGCUGUGCCCAACCUCAACAUCCGCGAAGCGUCCAGUGCGGAAACCCUCGCCGCUCCUCAUGCCAACAAUACACCGACCCCGGGCAAAGAUGCCGCCGAAUGGCACAUGACGCCACAAGUGAUCCAACAACAAGAACGCGAAAUUGCCGCUGGAUUCAAAAGGCGGGAGCUCGGCGUGACGUGGGAGAACCUAAGCGUCGACGUCCUCGCCGCCGAAGCCGCUGUCAAGGAGAACCUCUUCUCCCAGUUCAACAUUCCUCAAUUGAUCAAGGACUGGCGUCGAAAGCCUCCAAUGAAGUCAAUACUGUCUGACAGUCAUGGCUGUGUGAAACCGGGAGAAAUGCUUCUGGUCUUGGGACGCCCCGGAUCGGGGUGUACUACCUUACUCAAGCUCCUCACCAACCGGCGGAAAGGAUAUCACACUAUCCGGGGUGAUGUGCGGUUUGGAAACAUGACGCACGAAGAAGCGGUCCAAUACCAGUCUCAGAUCGUAAUGAACACCGAAGAAGAGCUGUUCUAUCCCCGGUUGACUGUCGGCCAGACCAUGGACUUUGCUACAAGAUUGAAGGUCCCGUCUCACCUGCCCAAUGAUGUGAAGUCCGUGGAGGAAUAUACGGCCGAAACCAAACGCUUCCUCUUGGAGUCUAUGGGGAUCGCCCAUACGGCCGACACGAAAGUCGGAAAUGAAUUUGUUCGUGGUGUCUCCGGUGGUGAGAGAAAGCGUGUGUCCAUUAUUGAAGUCCUUGCCACCAAGGGCUCCGUUUUCUGUUGGGACAACAGUACGCGAGGUCUUGAUGCGAGUACUGCUUUGGAAUGGGCUAAAGCUCUCCGGGCUAUGACCGACGUCCAAGGGCUCUCCACGAUCGUCACCCUUUACCAGGCAGGAAAUGGUAUCUACAAUCUCUUUGACAAAGUGCUGGUCCUGGACGAAGGCAAACAAAUUUAUUAUGGACCGGCACAGGCAGCGAAACCAUUCAUGGAGGAAUUGGGAUUUGUGUAUAGCGAUGGAGCCAAUAUAGGAGACUAUUUGACUGGUGUGACGGUCCCUACCGAGAGAAAAAUCCGGCCUGGACACGAACACAGGUUCCCCCGAAACGCCGAUGCUAUUCUGGCGGAAUAUAAAAACUCGCCCUUGUACACUCACAUGAUAUCGGAGUACGACUAUCCCAACUCGGAGAUUGCGAAAGCAAGAACAGAAGACUUCAAAGAGUCCGUCGCCUUCGAAAAGGCCAAGUACCUACCGAAGAACACUACCCUUACUACGGGCUUUGGUACGCAACUCUGGGCCUGUACGAUCCGUCAGUACCAGAUCCUGUGGGGUGAGAAGUCCACUUUCUUGAUCAAACAGGUUCUGUCUUUGAGCAUGGCCUUGAUUGCGGGAUCCUGCUUCUACAAUUCCCCGGAUACGACUGCGGGCCUUUUUACCAAGGGUGGUGCUGUGUUCUUUUCCCUUCUGUAUAACUGUAUUGUCGCCAUGUCUGAAGUCACCGAGUCCUUCAAGGGGCGCCCAGUUCUGGUGAAACAUAAAGGAUUUGGAUUCUAUCACCCUGCCGCAUUCUGCCUGGCUCAAAUCACUGCCGACUUCCCUGUCCUCCUGUUUCAGUGCACGAUUUUCGCUAUUGUGAUGUACUUCAUGGUUGGUCUGAAGGUCGAUGCAGCUGCUUUCUUUACAUUCUGGGCUAUCCUCUUCACCACAACCCUGUGUAUCACUGCUUUAUUCCGCUUCUGUGGCGCUGCUUUCAGCAGUUUUGAAGCUGCUUCAAAGAUCUCUGGAACUGCAGUGAAGGGCAUCGUCAUGUAUGCCGGUUACAUGAUCCCCAAACCCCACAUCAAGAACUGGUUCCUGGAACUGUACUACACAAAUCCUUUUGCCUACGCAUUCCAGGCUGCCCUGUCCAACGAGUUCCAUGAUCAGGUCAUUCCCUGCGUUGGUAACAACCUGAUCCCUAGCGGACCCGGCUAUGAGAAUGUUGGUACAGCCAACAAAGCAUGUGCCGGAGUCGGCGGUGCAUUGCCUGGAGCAGACUAUGUGACCGGUGAUCAAUACCUUGGAUCGCUGCACUACAAACACUCGCAACUCUGGCGAAACUACGGUGUGGUUUGGGCGUGGUGGGGCUUCUUCGCGGUGGCCACGAUCGUCUGCACAUGUUUCUGGAACGCCGGAGCUGGCAGUGGCGCAGCUCUGCUGAUUCCCCGUGAGAAGCUGAAGAAUCAUCAACGCGCUGCCGACGAGGAGUCCCAGGUCAAGGAGAAGGAACAGACUCGAGGGCCGGCGGCGGGUGAAUCGACUGCUCAGGACGACAACCUCACCCGCAACACGUCUAUUUUCACCUGGAAAAAUCUGAAGUACACUGUCAAGACCCCUACUGGUGACCGCCUCUUGCUGGACAAUGUCCAUGGGUGGGUUAAGCCGGGUAUGCUUGGGGCCCUGAUGGGGUCUUCGGGCGCAGGAAAGACGACCUUGCUCGAUGUGCUGGCGCAGCGAAAAACCGAGGGUACUAUCAAUGGAUCUAUUCUUGUCGAUGGGCGUCCAUUGCCUGUCUCGUUCCAAAGGAUGGCGGGAUACUGUGAGCAGUUGGAUGUUCAUGAGCCGUAUGCUACUGUCCGAGAAGCAUUGGAAUUCUCUGCACUGCUGCGCCAGCCACGCACCACGCCUAAGGAAGAAAAACUCAAGUAUGUCGAUACUAUCAUCGAUCUCCUGGAGCUCCAUGACCUUGCGGAUACCCUGAUUGGUACUGUUGGAAACGGUCUUAGUGUCGAGCAAAGAAAGCGCGUGACUAUUGGCGUUGAACUUGUGUCCAAGCCGAGUAUCUUGAUCUUCUUGGACGAGCCUACUUCUGGUCUUGAUGGACAGUCUGCGUAUAAUACAGUUCGAUUUCUUCGGAAGCUUGCUGAUGUUGGGCAAGCUGUCCUGGUCACUAUUCACCAACCGUCCGCACAGUUGUUCGCCCAGUUUGACACUCUUCUGCUCCUCGCUCGGGGAGGCAAAACCGUGUACUUUGGGGACAUCGGCGAGAAUGGACAGACGAUUAAGGAGUACUUUGGCAAAUAUGGAGCGCAGUGCCCUGUUGAGGCAAAUCCCGCGGAGUUCAUGAUUGACGUGGUCACUGGAGGUAUCGAAAGUGUGAAGCAUAUGGACUGGCACCAGGUCUGGCUCGAGUCCCCGGAGCAUACCCGCAUGCUCCAGGAACUCGACCAUAUGGUCGAGGACGCAGCCUCCAAACCGCCGGGAACGGUCGACGAUGGCUUUGAGUUCUCGAUGUCACUCUGGGAGCAGACGAAAAUCGUGACCCGCCGCAUGAACAUCGCGCUCUUUCGCAACACGAACUAUGUGAACAACAAGUUUAUGCUGCACAUUAUCUCCGCACUACUGAAUGGAUUCUCGUUUUGGCGCGUCGGACCCAGCGUGUCGGCUCUUAACUUGAAAAUGUUCACUAUAUUCAACUUCGUCUUCGUCGCCCCUGGUGUGAUCAAUCAACUUCAACCACUGUUCAUCCAACGGCGCGAUAUCUACGACGCUCGCGAAAAGAAAUCCAAGAUGUACUCGUGGGUGUCAUUCGUGAUCGGGCUGAUCGUGUCUGAGUUCCCAUAUCUCUGUGUGUGCGCAGUUCUGUAUUUCCUCUGCUGGUACUACUGCGUCAAGUUGCCACACGAUUCCAACAAGGCUGGCGCAACAUUCUUCAUCAUGCUCAUCUACGAGUUCAUCUACACGGGCAUCGGCCAGUUCGUGGCUGCGUACGCACCAAACCCCACCUUUGCCGCGCUGGUGAACCCUCUGAUUAUCAGUACGCUGGUUUUGUUCUGCGGUAUCUUCGUGCCGUAUACGCAGUUGAACGUGUUUUGGAAGUAUUGGCUGUACUGGCUGAAUCCGUUCAAUUAUGUGGUCUCGGGCAUGCUGACCUUUGGGAUCUGGGAUGCGAAGGUGACGUGCAACGCGGAUGAGUUCGCCUUCUUUGAUCCUACGAAUGGCACCUGCGGGGAGUAUCUGGCGGACUACAUACGUGGGGAUGGCUGGCGUAUCAACCUGACCAACCCGGAUGCCACCUCGGCUUGCAAGGUGUGCCAGUACCGCGAGGGAAGCGAUUUCCUGACGACGUUGAACAUCAACGACUACUACUAUGGCUGGCGGGAUGCGGGGAUUUCGGUGAUCUUCGCGAUCAGUGGAUAUGCGUUGGUGUUUGGACUGAUGAAGCUGCGGACGAAGGCGUCGAAGAAGGCGGAGUAG